AUGAACAAAAAUUCUCUAACCCAAACCAUACCCAAUUCAAAUACCCAAAAGAAUGCAAGUGCCCAAAAUACCCAAAAGAAAUCAAAUACCCAAAACACCCAAACUAAACUCUAUGGGUCCAUUUGCAAACUUUCUACUGGACAUGUCAUAAAAGAUUGUUAUAGCGCAUUUAAGUGUAGAUAUUGCGGCGGUAAACAUAAUUCGCUUUUACACAAGCCGAACUCUAACCCUAACCCACAUGUUGAAAAUACUCAGGCGUCAACAUCACAAAACGCAGUACAGUCUUUCUCAACCCACACCCAAUCAAGCAAACCCAUACCCAUAGAUGACAGAACAAAGUUAUUAGGAACGGCAGUUCUGAAUGUUGAAGUUCAAGGUGAAUUAUUUCCAGCUAGAGCGCUUAUUGACCCAGCUUCAGACUUCUCGUUUAUCACAGAUAAACUGAGAAGGAAGCUAAAAUUACCCACUACACCCAUAGUUGCUGAAAUUUCAGGAUUAAACGAAAUAGUUUCAGCUCGUUCAAAUAAACUGUGUCAAGUUUUAUUGCGCUCAAACACCCAAAACGAUUUAAAAUUGAAUAUCCAAGCUAUUGUUGUAAAAACAUUAACCAAAAACUUACCUACCCAAAACUUAAACCCCACCCUAAUACAAGACUUGGAAAAUAUUCAAUUAGCUGACCAAAGGUUCUCUAGCCGACCUAUCGACUUUAUUAUUGGCAGCGAUUUUUACCCACAGAUUCUAAAAUCUGGAGUCAGAAAAGACUUACUUGAUACCCUUAUAGCUCAGGAAACUGAGUUUGGCUGGAUUUUAACAGGACCCGUUCAGAAUUCGCAAAAUACCCAACCCUUAGUUUCUUACUUCAGUUCAGUCACGCUUGAUAAAGUUUUGACCAAGUUCUGGGAAAUUGAAGAUGUACCCACCCAACCCAAAGUUUCAGAAGAAAGUUCUUUAUGUGAAGAAACUUUUAUGACCACUACCCUUCGAUUACCAAAUGGCCGUUAUCAGGUAAAUUUACCAUUUAUAUACCCUCCUGUCGAGUUAGGAAACUCUAGACACGUUGCUAUGGCUCAAUUUCUACGUAACGAGAAAAGUUUAAUGAAAAAGCCAGAGCUUAAAAUGGAAUAUGAUAACGUGCUACAAGAGUAUAUCGAUUUAGGUCAUAUGAAACCAAUUAAAUAUAACCCAAACACUCCUUCAAACACCCAUUAUUAUUUACCCCAUCACGCUGUUGUUAAACUUGAUCGUGUUACGACAAAAAUUAGUUGUAUUUAA